UGGUUGUUAUAGUGAUAAACUGAGGCCUUGCCUCUGAGCUCCCCGGAGAAAGAACCGGGCGGCAGGGGGUGGGUGGGUGGGUAACCUCUUACCUCCCCCAGGGAAGACAGAGAGAAGGGGAGAAGAAGGGGGAUGGGUAGGGGCGAGAAAAAUACGUGACAAAGAAAACAUUCUCUGGGAGGAGACUCAGAGAGAGUGUAGAGCUGGAGGGAGCAUUCGCUGGCCAUGCCAGUACUUAGCACUGAUGCUGAGUCAGAAACAGGUAUCCCAAAAUCCCCUUCUAAUGAGCCUCCCUCAGAAACCAUGGAGGAAAUAGAGCACACAUGCCCACAGCCUCGACUGACCCUGACUGCACCUGCGCCAUUUGCAGAUGAAACCAGCUGCCAGUGCCAGGCACCCCAUGAAAAACUGACCAUUGCUCAGGCUCGCCUGGGGACACCAGUUGACAGGCCUGUCAGAGUCUAUGCAGAUGGAAUAUUUGACCUCUUCCACUCAGGUCACGCAAGGGCACUUAUGCAAGCAAAAACACUGUUUCCCAACAGCUACUUGUUGGUAGGAGUCUGCAGUGAUGAUCUCACGCACAAGUUCAAAGGCUUCACUGUGAUGAAUGAAGCAGAAAGAUAUGAAGCACUCAGACACUGCCGCUAUGUAGACGAAGUCAUCAGAGAUGCCCCAUGGACCCUCACACCAGAGUUUCUGGAAAAACACAAGAUUGACUUUGUGGCCCAUGAUGACAUUCCAUAUUCAUCAGCUGGCUCUGAUGACGUUUACAAGCAUAUCAAGGAGGCAGGAAUGUUCGUCCCAACACAGAGAACAGAGGGCAUCUCAACCUCGGACAUUAUCACCAGAAUAGUCCGUGACUAUGAUGUCUAUGCUCGACGCAACCUCCAGCGAGGCUAUACAGCCAAGGAACUGAAUGUCAGCUUUAUAAAUGAGAAGAAGUACCGUUUCCAGAACCAGGUGGACAAGAUGAAGGAAAAGGUCAAGAAUGUGGAGGAAAGAUCAAAGGAAUUUGUGAACAGAGUGGAAGAAAAGAGUCAUGAUCUAAUUCAAAAGUGGGAAGAGAAGUCAAGGGAAUUUAUUGGCAACUUCCUAGAACUGUUUGGGCCAGAUGGAGCAUGGAAGCAGAUGUUCCAGGAGAGGAGCAGCCGCAUGCUGCAGGCCUUGUCUCCGAAGCAGAGCCCCGUAAGCAGCCCGACCCGGAGCCGCUCCCCAUCACGCUCCCCAUCGCCCACCUUCGCCUGGCUGCCGGCCAAAGCCUCGCCCCCCUCCUCGCCCAAAGCAGCGUCAGCUUCCCUCAGCAGCAUGAGUGAGGGGGAUGAGGACGAGAAGUAAAGGUGGCUGGCUGGCCAGAGCCACUCCGCCCAGGACACGGGGAAGUGGGCAGCAUCAUGGGGUGGGCGAUGGCCUGGCUGGCGUUUGGAGGGCAAGUCAUGGGAGCUGUGGCUCAGUGGGGAGCCCCCGGCACGCUGUCAGGGGAUGCUUUUGCUCUUGCAGAGCUCGCCCUCAAUGUCCAUGCAGCCCAGGCCCUGGGCUCAGCAUGGAGACUUCCAAAACUACACGACCCCUUUAGCAUCAUCUUGACUUCCUCUAGCCUGGCGAAGGAAGCAAGCAGAGGAGCCCCAGGGAGGCUUGCACUGAGCUGGCUGUCCUCUGCUUUGGUCCUUCCAACCCAACUCUAUCCAGUGAAUCGCCUGUGGAAGCCACUGUUCCCUCAACUCUGCCACUCCCAGCCCUGUGGGGGUCCUGCACGCUGUCUCCUGCUCCCCCCCCAAGCUCUGCCAAAACA